CGCCAGCCGGUCGGCUUUGUAUCUCCGCCAAUCAGCCCUCGACAUCCGCGUGGCCAUCCCGUGCCUGGGGCCCACCGGACGUUCCGCCUGCCCUAAGCGGCAAGGGGCAGGUAUUUUGCCCGUCCACCGCGGUGGCUUUCAGGCUUGCAGGCUCUCCAUCUUCCAUCUGCCAACUUUUCUCCUGGCGAUCGUUGUUCUUCCUUGCGCUUUCUCUUCUCUUCUUUCUCCCUUUACUUCUUUUCAUUCUUUUCAUUCCUAUUCCUAUCCCUGUUCGUCUCGUGACUCGUCAGCGUGCUGUUGCGUGACAUUUUCUUCCGCUAAACUCACCACUGUCCCUCCCUUAAUCGUUCUGAGUGAUCACUAGUCGCUCUUUAGCUCCUUUAUACAUCCUUUUAAUGCUCUAAUUUGGUUCCAGCUUCUUCGCGCUGGAUGGCUCGUCGAUUUCUCGCCGCCUUCAGCGCCCUGCUGCUGACGCAGGUAGCCGCCGAUAACUUUCCCUUCACCGGGUACCGCACGGCGCCAUAUCUUCCCCCCCAGAUCAAGAUCACUAAAUCCGGCAAAACUGACCCCGGUUAUCUCUUUAUCGGUCCUCGAGGAAACCAGGCGCAUGGUACAGCGGCGUUGAUCUACGAUGAGGAUGGCAACCUGGUCUACGAGGGGCCUGAAGAGGUGACGGCCAACUUUCGGGUGCAGAAACUAUACAACGAAGACGUCAUCACCUUUUGGGCCGGGGAUAUGAUGGAACUCGGAUUUGGAUACGGCACCGUGCAUAUUCUUGACAACACUUACCGCGAAAUCUACACCGUCACCCUCCCGGACAACUUUGUCUCGCCUGAUGGCCUUCCCCGCGACUCGUACAUUGAUCUGCACGAGAGUCAUAUCACCGAGCGCAACACCCUCCUCGUCACAGCCUAUAACAUCACCCAACAUGAUCUGACUGCUAUUGGAGGGAACCCGGACGACUACAUGCUCGAUGGCAUGUUCUUCGAGAUUGAUAUUGCGACCAACGAGAUUGUGUAUCAGUGGAGCGCAUUGGACCACAUCGGAAGCAUUCCCAUCGAGGCUUCCAAGCAGGGCUUGGGAGCGGAGUAUGGCACCCAGGAGAAGCCGUGGGAUGCCUACCACAUUAAUUCGGUCGAGCUGAUGGAUGACGGAUAUAUCAUCUCGCUGCGGCACUACUGGUCUGGGUUCUACAUUCACAACAACGGGACGGUGAUGUGGCGACUGAGUGGUGAACCAAAUGUCGGCGACUUUGAGAUCGAUGAUGGUGCCGUCUUCUCGUGGCAACAUGACAUCCGGGUGUACCACCAGACGGAAGAAGGCCUGUUGGUGAGUCUGUUCAACAACGCCAACACACCCACGGAUACCGUUGAUGCGACCACGGGUUUGAGUUUGAAUGUGGAUCUGGUGAACCGCAAGGUGUCGACGCUGCGCCGGUUGAAAGACUCGCAGGAUGUGAUUCACAGUGUCAGCCAAGGCAGCUACCAGCUUCUCAGCGAGGAGAGCUCCCACGUUGUGUUGGGCUACGGUUCCAUUGCACGGCUCAAGGAGUUUGAUGCCAACAAUAACGAGGUGAUGACGGCUCAAUUUGGCGACGACAAUGCAGUGGCGUCGUACCGGGGCUUCAAGUGUCAGUGGAAGGCAACGCCGUUCUGGCAGCCGGCGGUGGCGAUCAUCCGGACGGCCUCCGACUCGGCGACGAUGUUCAUGAGCUGGAAUGGGGCCACGGAGUAUGACAACUGGGCGGUCUAUUCCGCCUCGGCGGCGGAUGGGGAGCCGACGUUUGUGACAUCGGUCAAACGCGAGGGGUUCGAGACCAAGGUGCAUUUGACGGGGAUGCGGACGAACUGGCUGCAGGUGGUUGCUCGACGGGGGAAUAUUCCGUUGGGGACAUCGGCGAUGGCGUACUAUUGAUGCGUGUGUUGUAUAUAGAUUGUAAAUAUACCGCUGGAUCGGGCUAUACCAUGAAUACCU